AUGAAAAUAAUCUCCUCCCCAACGAUGCUCCUCCGUUCACGCCUCCCUUUCUUGACCUCAAAUGCCCCCUCUCGUCUACGCUUCCCUAUCACCAGUCGAACAAUGGCCUCACUUACAACAAACACUCACGACCACGAAACCCUCCCAUCAACACCAGCAACAAUACACCCCUCGCAUUCUGAACUUGCUAGUGCUCGCCUCUCCCCGCGCAACCUCGAACUCGCCGUCCGCCACCUCCACAGAGACGGCCUCGUCGUCGUCUCCGACGUCGUCCCGCACGCAGACCUCGACGCCCUCAACGCCAAAAUGGUCCAAGACGCGCUCUACCUCCGGUCCCUCGGCGACAAGGGGCCCUUCAACUAUAACCUGGGCAACUUGCAACAAGAUCCGCCUCCCGUGGCCGAGUACUUUCACAAGUCCAUCUUCGCAAACGCCAUAGCAACGCAAAUAACCUCCUCCCUCCUAGGCCCGCGCCCAAAAUGGACCUUUUGCUCCGCAAACUCGGCCAUGCCGCCCUCACCAGACUCCAAACCACAACGCCAGCCAGUCCACUCCGACGCAGAUUUCGCCCACCCAUCCCACCCCUUCGCCCUCGUAAUCAACAUUCCCCUCGUGGAAAUGACACCCUGCAACGGCUCAACGGAGCUCUGGCUCGGCACCCACGCUCCCCAUCUCCUGCCCGCCUCUCCAUCUUCACCCUCAUCCUCAUCCACCACCACAACACCCUCCUCAAGCUACGCCGGCACCAUAAUCCCCUCCGGCAUAGCAGCCCAGCAAGGCACCCACGGCACCCGCGCAAGCGGCCGCAUCAACCCCCAACUCCUCGACCUCCGCCGCGCCGUCCGCCCGCCCUCGCAGCCGACGGUGGAAAAGGGGAGCAUCGUCAUCCGCGACCUGCGGCUGUGGCACGCGGGGAUGCCGAAUGCCAAGCCCGACGUGCGCGUCAUGCUGGCCAUGAUUCAUUUUGCUGGGUGGUACCGGAACCCGAUGCGGUUGCAGUUUGCGGAAGACGUGAGGCCUUUGCUGGAGGGGGACGGGGAGGCGACGGGGAGGGAUGAUUUGGAGAUACCUGUGGAUUGGACGACGAGGGAGGAGGCUUUGAGGACGUAUCUGGGGAGGGGGUUUGGGAAUAGCUACGAUUUUAAUCAGGAAGAGUGA